UAAAUAGUCGAUGUAUCGUUUCCAUCGAUGUUUCUCCAGUUCUAUUUUAUUCCGAAAAAGGAAAAGGCGUAUGUAAUCUAAAAAAUGCAUAGUCAAUAAAAAAUAAAAGCUUUAGAAUGGGAAAAACCUCUAAAGACAAGCGAGACAUUUACUAUCGAUUAGCCAAAGAAGAGGGCUGGAGAGCUCGGAGCGCUUUUAAACUUUUGCAGAUCGAUGAAAAGUUCCACAUUUUGAAAGAUGUCACACGCGCUGUAGACUUGUGCGCUGCACCUGGUAGCUGGACGCAGGUGCUUUCCAAACGUCUCUAUGAAAAUCGUACUAACAAUGAGGAGGUCAAAAUUAUCGCAGUAGAUUUGCAAGCAAUGGCACCAUUGCCUGGAGUUACGCAGCUUCAAGGUGAUAUAACAAAAUUAAGCACUGCCCAGGCAAUAAUUGACCAUUUUGGUGGUGAAUCACAAAAGGCACAGCUGGUUAUUUGUGAUGGCGCACCUGAUGUUACUGGGCUACAUGAUAUCGACGAAUACAUUCAAAGCCAGUUGCUGCUAGCUGCACUUAGUAUAACCACACACGUGCUAAUGACUGGAGGAAAUUUCGUGGCUAAGAUUUUCCGCGGUAAAGACACAAGUUUACUUUACUCCCAGUUGCGCAUAUUCUUCGAGAAAGUAUCAAUUGCCAAACCUGCAAGCUCGCGUAAUUCUAGUAUUGAAGCGUUUGUCGUGUGCCAAAAUUAUCGAUGUCCAGAUGGCUACAUUCCACAAAUGAUCAAUCCUAUGGUCGACGAUGUGCAAAUGAUAGUUAAUGCAACCGACUCGAAAGUAAAUCAAAAACUUAUACCGUUUGUUGUGUGCGGUGAUCUAAGAGGCUUCGAUUCGGAUAUGUCGUACAGUUUGAAUCUAAAUGAGGAUUCGGAGUACACGUACAGAGAAGUUGUUCAAAAACCUAUUUCUCCUGCUUACAAAGAAAUAUUGGACAAACUUAAAAAUUGUUCUAUUAAACAUACAGCCAUCACUGUUAAGCAUGACGAUGAAGCAGAUGUCACUGAAUCAGAACCCGCAGUAUCAAAUGACGAUCCAGAGAUGAAGUGAAUGUACAUGGUCCGAUGAAUAGCAUUUAAGGUUAAAUGUGUCUGGCUCUUAAUAGAAAUAUCUUCCACUAAACUUGUGUUCUUGGGCAUCAUAUAAUCAUAAAUACUUAUACAUAUUUGUUUCAACAAAACAAAUAAUUUUUAAGCAAAAAAAAACCGACUUCAAUG